UCCUGUCCACGGCAGCAGCAGCAGCUCCUCACAGUUAGGACUCUUCAGCGUUUCUCGGAUCUUCGUGUGAGACUGACUUCCGCUCUGACAGGAAGCUGCAGGAAGUUUAAACGGACUCCGCGGCGCUGCUCCACGAGAGAGUCUGUGUGUGGGAAACAAGCGUCACAUGAUCCCCACUUCCACCCGUCAUCACUGAGGUCUGCUGUGGUACCAGCACGCCACCUACUGGAGGACGGAGCUAACAGCGACAGAAAGCAGCGGAGCUGCUUCAUGAAGGACCUCCCACAUCACACACACACACACACACACACACACACACACACACACACACACACACACACACACACACACACACACACACACACACACACACACACAGAUGUCUUCUUCACUGCAGACCUGCUGAUGAAGAAGUCAGAAGUCCUCGUUCUUGCGUCCUGACGCUCGCUGGCGAGGGUUGAACACCCGCCUGCCGAUGAUGGAUCAGACCUGAUCAUGCAGACACAACAAAACAGGAGGCAAAAUUUGGAGCAUUUUAUAUACUCUCACCACUUGAGGCUGAGUGAUCUGAAACAGGAAGUUCAAAGGUAUGGGUUGCAGAACCAGUCCAUCUUCAGAGAAGACAUCCCUCCGUACCCCCGACCCGAGUUCCACGUGUCCCGCCUGAAACACGACACAGAGCGGUUGGGGUUAUGUGGUAUCAGGGUUGAUAAAGGCUUCAAGGAUCCAUACUCAAGGUUCCUGGUGUGGUGGAGUCUGGCUGUGGGACCCGAGGAGAUCCAAUCGGCGGAGACGAGGCUCCUGGAGAAGAUCUACCAAAACCAGACGGAGGAGCAGGCCACGGGGCAGGAGAGCUUCCUGUGGAGGUUUGCCACGUCUCCGGCCUUCAGUGAGAAGUCCAGGCUGGGCUCGUACCGCUUCACCUUCCCCCUGGAGGAGGUGCUGAAGGCCUACAGCGAGCAGUUUUGCUCCGGCGCUCCGCCCGUCAUGAGGGUGUUCAAGACCUCCCUUUUCAGAAAGGAGGUGCAGUACUCUGUGCUGGUCCACAGCCCGGCCAAUCAGCUGUUCUUCUCCAGGUUUCCUCUGCUCCCCGAUGAUGACCCCAACGCUGUCUGCACUUACAGAGGCGGACGCUUCAUCUGGAGGUCGGAGGCCAUGUGUAAGGCACACAGUUACGAGUUGACCCGCAGACCUGAUGGAAACCAGGUGGAUGCUCAUCGACUGCUUCGAGAUGUUUAUUAUGUUUGGGAUAACGUCGCCAUCGCCCUGCAUGUGGACAGAGGACAGGUGCUGAAGUUCAAUGCUGAUCGACUGAGACAGAACCUCAAGUUCUGCUGGCCCGACGAAGUACCCGCCACACACGAUGAUGAUGUUUUUGAUGAUUUUGAAGAUGGUACAAACUUGGUUAAAUGCCUGUGGCCGGGCCGGCGCUUCGUACUGGAGGAGGAGCGUUCGCUCCUGCAGCGUUACACAGUGUCAGACAUCAGACUGGUUCUCAUUGGGAGACCUGGAGUGGGGAAGAGCUCCAGUGGAAACACCAUCCUGGGAAGGCCCGCCUUCAGUCAAAGGAAGUCAUUCUCAGGGGUGUCAUUGUGCUGUUGGCAGAGCGAGCAGGUGUUCGGACACCGGGUGACCAUAGCUGACACUCCCGGCCUCUCGGAAACAUCCAACACCGCGGUGAAGGAGGACAUCUGCAGAUGUGUCAACAUGCUGAGGCCCCACGCCAUCUUGCUGGUCGCCAGGGUGGGGUCUUUCACUGUGGAGGACCUAGGUACUGUGAGGCAGAUGGAGGAGAUCUUUGGAAUGGAUGUGUGGAGGUACACCAGGAUCCUCUACACCUAUGUUAACCAGGCAGCUCCGGACAUCCAGAGACAGGAGCAGGAGACGGGACCUGAGCUGCUUUGGAAAGUGGGCUACAGAUACCACGUUCUCAACAACAACCCCGACUACUGGGAGGGUCAGCAGGUCUAUGAUGUGGUGCAGGCCGUGGCGAGGAUGGUUAUGGCCAGAGGGGAAGUCCUCAGGAGCACAGUCUGAGUGCAUCAGUAUGUACUUAUAUGUAUAAGCAGCAUGUUUAAUGCUGCUGUGUGUCAUUCAGUGUUGUUUACAUCAUAAACACUCAGGUGAUGGAGCGCAUCAUACAAUAAUUGCACUGGAUCAUAACACUCAGCACAGCAACACCUGCUGGACUCAGUGAGGACUUCAGGUUCAUGCUUCCAUGAUGCAUCAUGGGAAGUCCCCCAACAGCCUGAGCUCGUAGAGCGCCUUCAGGAACGAGUCCUGGAACGGUCUCCCUCAUCCUGAAGUCAGAGGGGUCAUGAAACCCUGUCGCAGUUUGUUUACAGCUGACUGUCAAUGUUUACAUUUGGAUGAAUUAUUUUCUGCGAUAAUCUGAAAUCCCAUCGUCUGUCUGAGGAACAGCUGUGAUACUAACCUCCUACAGGUGAAUGUCACAGAGCCGUCCCACAUGCAGCUUUACUAAGACAUGUUAGGAAAUUAGAUUACACUCAAAAAGGAAAGUUUUAAGCCUAAUCUUAAAAAUAGAGAGGGUGUCUGUCUCCUGAAUCCAAGCUGGGAGCUGGUUCCACAGAAGA